GCCUUAACUAUUUGAGGAUGGAUAUUUGAAAUUUUUAUUAAAAUACAAAUGGCGUCAAAGCAUACACACAGCGUCAUACAGCGCUGGUGUAAUUCAUUCCUGGACAAUCAACAAUAUAAAAGAAAAGUCGCGUUGUUUAAAAGUAUUAGAAUCACAAAAGUCUCAACUACACAGACUUAUGUUUUUGACUCUCCUCUUACAAUCAGUUUUGUGGAAACCACUUAUGUGGUAGAAACACUGCUCUUGUGGGUAAGUGAUUAAAAAACGCUGAAGUAAACACAUCUGGCAAUCCAGGAGUGGAAAAUGAUUCCACAUGGAGAUGAAACAUGCAAACACAUCUGGGAAUCAAAGAAUCUGUGCACAUAACGCGCUCCUGUGGAACGCUGUCAACGGCCGUCGUCUCCCGCGGCAACUAAUAUGCGUUCCACUGUCACCGUGGUGACGCGCAUGCAUAUUGUAACAUUACAAAAGUAAACAAAGUGACAGGAGCCAAAAAAAUGAGGCGAUUCUUUGAUCUCUUUAGCCUUGUCUGCUCAGUGUUUUUGAUCCUUUUUCAGCUGUCAGAGCCUUGACAUCCCCUGUCCAUGGGCUGACUUUUAAUCUCUGCAGAGAGCCGUGGAACGAGUCAGAAAAGCCGCUUGAAGCAGAAUCACGGAAAGUCACCUACAUUGCUCCACCUGGGCUGCCCGAGUAACUCCUGACGACGCCAAAAAAACUGGGAUGUCCAUUUUGAAAGCCAUAUGGGAUAGGCUGGGAGACUCCUCCCCCAACAGGGGGAGUGGCUUCAGUAGCAUUCCGCCUCUCUGGGGGACCUCAUACAUAUCCCGUUACAUCUUGGACUACAACUCCCGCAUGGCGACGCUGGGCCUGGACGGACCCCCGACCCUCUCCCUGGCGGGACGCUCUUUCACGUUCGUGGAAGGCCGCUGGGUGUCCUCCAGCCCCGGGGAGAGCUCGAAAUCGAGCUCCAGGCUCCGCCGGCUGAAGCAGAGGAAGCAGGCCCUGGAGGAGGAGAACAACGCGCUGAGGCUGCGUCAGGAGGUGCUGAUGGACAUGCUGUCCGAGGCCGUGGCCCAGCUGGAGGGGCUGCGGCAGGAGAGGAGGACCGGGCAGCGUCCUCUGCCCAAAAAGGUCACCUUGGUUACUCAAUGAACCACGCCGGUCAUUAGUGUCCAUCGACCCGUCUGCUCCCACCAUGGUCUAAAGCUGUGCUCCCAACAUUUUCACCCUGGAAUUUCAUGCCAGACUGCCUCUCUCUGUACGUGUGCUCUGACAAAAAGGCACCAAGGUCCAGGUUCAAACUAAAUGCAAUGUGUUCUCCCUUUAGGUUAUGAAUAAUGAAAGUAUGUCUCGUUUUUUUGUCUUUCUGUUUCUUUGAAUCGCAGUGACCACUGAAAUGCCUUGUGCUGGAGAAGUGUUGUCAGAACACUUGCUCACUCAUCUUCAUUAUUGUAUAAGGAAAGAGCUCACUGCUAUAAUUUCAAUAGACCGUUACAUGACAGGGUUACUUUUUACACUGAGCUUUAAUUUUGUUUUACUGAAAUAAAUCUCUUUGUUUUCCAUUACUGUUUUUACUUUGAACCAAUUGCAGGGCAUUGAUAAGUGCAUGAUGCAAUACACAGAGCCAAUUACACGUGUCACAUUCACAAAAUAUGAGUUUCUACGCUAAUAAGGCACAAUCAGUUCCAUAAGCCAUUUUGGACAGACCACCUGAAAAU